AUGGCUCCACUUGAUGACGCCUUUGAAAGAAUUGGCAACAGCGGUGACGGCUCCCAUGCAGCCCAGGGCCUAGAGAGAUUGACCGCCUGGCUGGGUGACGCAGAGGCAAACCUGAUCAUGGCAGUGACCAGCGUAGGCCUACCGGCGACCAUUGCGCGUGAGCUCAGCGUCUUCCACGGGGCAGAGAGCGUCGCCCUCCGCAACCGAUUGUAUUUCCCCUGGCGUGGGGAAGGUCGGUGUCCAACCGUGCACGGCGCCAGCUCGCUCCUCACAGUGUUCGCCCUCGCCUCCGGGCAGGACCUGGCCGAGCUUCGCUCGGCCAAGGACACGCACGCCGCCUUCGCGGACUUUGUGGAGCAAGCUGCCCGUGCCUUGCGCUCCGUGCUUCCGCCUUACAUGGUGCUCUGUGCGGAGAGCAAAGACGACCCUGGAGCGAACCCCCCCGGCCGCAAAAUCAGCUUCACGGGCCAGUGCCGUGUGGGCCACCGGGGUGCCGAGCAGAUCGCCCUGGGGGACGUUGACUGGGCCCUGCUCAAGCAGGCCCUGCGCGGCGGCGUGCAGCGCGCCACCGGGUGGGUCCUGGAGCCCAGGUCCGCCGAGGCGGAGGUGCGGGUCGUGGCCUUUUUCGGGGACAACCACGUGGCGCUCGGGGUGGAGGUAAAGGAGGGCGAGACCCACCAAGCUCCAUCGAUCCUGUGGAGUCGACUGCCGAGACCAGGCAUGCAGACGAACAUUGCUGGCGCAAUGGCCGCUUUAGCCGCGGAGGCCGUGGUGGGAGAUACCCACGCGGGGGAGUCCAUUGUGGUCGAUCCCACCUGCGGCAUGGGUACGCUGCUGCUGGCGGCAGCCCGCGCUUGGCCGCAAGUUUGCUCGAGACCUUUGCGCCUGGUCGGCCGGGAGGCGGACCCUGGCCAGCUGCAGAACUGCAUGUCCAACUUUGUCGCCUGCCAGCUGGACGCGUCGGAUAUACGACUUGGCGACGGCAGGGGUGCCGCCGCCUUCGCGGACCUCGCGGAUGGCUCCGUGGACGCGCUGCUUUGUGAUUUGCCCAGUGGCGUGGUUCACAAGGCGAGCUCAGACUUCAAGUCAUACUCGGCUUUCCUGCAGCUGGCGGAGCGCAUUGUAAGGCCGGGCGGGCGCUGCAUCUUGCUCUCUGAGAGGCAUGAUGUCUUGAGGAGGACGAUCUCCGACUCGUGGAAGGAGGUGGCCUCAUAUGUCCUCGGCCGUGGUGAGGCGAACCGCUUGCAGUUCCUCCUGGUGGCCCUUGAGAGAGGCUUCACCUACCUUUGUGCCAGAGGGCAGGGUGCAAUUCGGCAGGAGCACCGCCGUCGCGCGACCGACCUGGUUCGAAGGGCUGUCUCAGAGGCAGUGGCGACGGAGGACCUCGCUCCGCCGGUGGAUUAUCGGGAAAGCCCCUGGGAAGUGCUGCAUGAAGCGUACCAGGCGGAGGGCAGGCGUUGCUGGGGCCCAGGAUUCGAUGGCAAGGUGCCCGGCUACAUCGCGGAGUGCCUGAGACGGGACCACCCGGCCAGCGAGGAGGAGCCUCCAUUCCGCAGGCGGUGGCUAAAGCGCCGGGAGGAGGAGAAGGAGGAGACAACAGAUCCGUACAAAACGCUGGGGGUCGCGCAGAAUGCCACGCUGAAAGAAAUUCGACGGGCGUACAUUCGGCUGGCCAAAGAGACGCAUCCAGACACCGGCGGAGACUCAGUGGAGUUUCAAGAUGUUUUAGUGGCCUACCGAAUCCUCAGCGACGACGAGCGCCGAAAGGAGUUUGACAAAAGCGGCUGCGAUACAGGCGACGUGCCUGAGGAGGAGCGUAAGGUGAGACUGCCUCACGUCGAAGUCUUGCGCAACGCUGUGAUGAACCACAGGGAGGUCAAGUGGGACCCCGACAUGGCGAACCUGGCGGGGCAGGUGGGCACUGUCCAGUUCGAUGACCCAGAGUUUGGCAUCACCGAAGUGGUGGUUUGGGUGUCGAAAGAUGAGGGGUACUCGGCCUGGGUACCCAGCAGCAUUCUCAUCCACCUGAACCCCGACGGGGUGGAGCAGCCAUACCAGGACUACCAGCAAGCCCUGGUGAAGGUGAACCAAGGGGCGCUGAUGAGACCGGAGUCCCCAGAGAAGCAAUACACCCGGACGGUCCAGUACACACUGGGCUGGGCAGCCUUUGACAGCGGCGUCAAGAGCAAGCCGGACCCGCUCCGCGACGCUGCUUUUGCCCAGGUCUUCUUUAAGAGGGACAGAGAAGCGGAGGAUCGAGGUGUCGUCUUAGACAUCGGCUGUGGACACGGCAGCGGCAGCCGCCUCUUCGCGAGUUCCCGGAAGUUCGACUUGGUGUUCGGCCUGGAUAUCAACUCCACCGCCCUGUAUCAAGCCAGGAUGGAGAGCGAAGAUGAGGAGAUGGGCCCAGAGCAGGGCCUCUUUUUGCUGCGCGGCGACGCCCAGGAGCUGCCCUUCAGAGAUCAGCAAGUGGACUACGUUUGGUGGUCCUUCGGAUGGCACGAGGCGGAGCGACCGGAGGAGGUGCUGAGAGGCAUCUAUCGCAUCCUCAAGGUUGGCGGCAGGGUGGCCAUCGCGACAGCUGCUGGGAAACCUCUGGCCAAGGAGAUCAUGUCCAAACUCGGCGAGUUGGGAUUUUCCGAGAUGACGAUGUACCCGCCUCGUUCGAAAGUCUUUCUGAACUACGCCACAAAACCUCGGUGA